AUGCUUGGUAUUAGUUGGAGGCAUAUUGCCACAGCAAUCGGCCGUCGGUUCAUCCGGGAUACAUCCGUCACUAGCCAGGGCCUCUACAAUGAAGUCGAUGAUGGCGACGGCGACAGUGAUGACGAGGCAUCUGAUCAGGAGGGUCUGGGCGAGAAGGACACCAUCGUGAAGCAGACUGGCCAUACAGCGUGGACGUCAGGCAUGGUCUACGGCCGGGGUCUUCAAGAAGCCAACUUUGAGACAUACCAGCGCCGCGAGAGCUUCCGGCAGCUCAAUCAGGAAUGGCACUGCCUGCUUGGCUUUCCUUCGGCCUUGCGUGCAGGGAAGGGACCGUCGCCGCGGUACCGGCCAAAGCUUCAGGAGAUGGGUAUGCUAGCUCGGCGAGGCGUUCAGAGGGUCUACCUGACAGCCACGCUGCCCGUCGCCGACGAGGCACGGUUCUUCCAUCUGAUCAAUUGCUCACCUGAAAAGGCAACUGUUUUCCAUAGUCCCACAAGCCGGCCCAAUAUCAGCUACGGCGUGCACACAUUUGACAUCAAUGAUGGCAGCAGCAGCGGUCAAAACAUACGGGCCACCACUUUAGGGGCGGUCCGGGGUCUGAUUGAUCAGAAGCUUGGGCAGUACGCCAGCUCGGCUAAGGCCAUCGUCUACUGCCAGACAAAGGCAGCAACGCAGGCGCUUGCAGAGGACCUGGUGUGCGAUGCCUACUAUAGCGACGUCAGCACGGCCGACGAUAAGGCAGAACGGCUGCGGCAGUGGAUGGAAGGGGUGGACCGGGGCCUACACCAGCGUGGCCGGGUUAUCGUCGCACCAAUGCACUCGGGAUGGGUAUCGAUAUUCCUAAUAUCCGGCUAA